GUAGUGGAUGAAGACUGACUAAAAUCUAGACUGACACCUGCAGCUGUACUGAUGGGGUAGUCAGGGCCCUGCUUUCACUGUAUUUUUCAGCGAUAUUAGAAACAAUGGUCUCGCUGUAUCCAUGCGCCUGCAAAAGAUGAGACUGGACUCAUCAGGACUGAGUUAACUGCAUGCUAGUGUCUUCCUAUCAAACUCUUAAGAAGCAGGUAGUUCUGCAGGAAACACCAUGUUCAAGUACACUCCUCCCUGGCAGGUGCUGUGUAACAGCCUGAAUCAUGAUUUUAAGAGACGGGCAUCAACUGUGUUGGUCAACCCAUAUGAUGCAAGCACUCACUCCUCAGUAGAGGAGCAGGCUGUGAUCCAUUCCCAAUCUUCUCUGAGACCUCCACGUCCCAGACUUGCCCAGAACCAUCCACCACCCAGAGACCCCAUGGCCAGCAACCCAAAGCGUUGGGUGAUAAAGCCUCUCUCCCCUAAGCUAGAGCAGUCAGAUUUGCGCUCCAUAUUGAGCCCAACUGGCCAACCACAGUUGCAAGAGAAUACAUGCAGUAGCAAUCAGGACAGUGACUCUUUCAGGUUCAGCUUGGAAAGUAUAACAGUAACAGGCAUGCAGCCUACUGUGAUGGUGUCAUCUAGGAGUAGCACUCCAGAUGUGGUGGUACAGGCUCGGCAAGUGGCUGUGUCUGAGGAUGGAAGUGACAGUGAAGACUUUAGGCCCAGUACUCCAAGCAGUACAGGCUCAUAUGCUGGAUUCUAUUCCUUUGUAGAUGACCCAGCAAGCCCAGAAGCUGAGAUGAAUGAAGUCUACAUGGUUUCUCCACAAAGGCAGGCCAAACUGAAUACCUUGAAGGAGAAGAGCACCUUUAAGCUACAGACAUACACAGAAGAAAAGAGACCUGGAAGGCUGUUUGAAGAAACUAACGGAGAUGACUGUUACCAAAUUGAGGACACCUCCACAGUCAAUGAAGACGAGGAAAAUCCAGACCGAACGGAGAUCAUCCGGAAUCAGGCACCCAGGAAAAGCCCUGCCCUUAAAAAUCAGUGGAGUACCUUAGAAAAUCUGGACCUCAGUAACACUCCGCAAAGGCUUCUGGAUGGGUUUAGUCUAAACUACAAAGCAGUGAGUGUAAAGACUGAACAAACCAGGGUUGAGCCUGGCACCAUAGACAAUGAACAAAUUGACUUCAACACAGCACGAAAGCAGUUUCUAAUGAUGGAAAAAUCAAAACAGAAUCCCUUCCUACAGAGUCCUGAGCGAAUCCCUUAUUCCCCCAAACUGCGAGGAAGAACUCUAUCCUCAAUGGCCAGCAUCUUCAGUCCAAAACAAGUAAGCAAAGAGAAUAGCAUAGAGGAGAAUCAGAUCCCACUAGUAACACAACAAGAAAUAGAAGUAAAGACUGUAACUGUGACUGAGGAUUCAAAUAAUGGAGUUCCAACCGGUGCCUUAAAUGAUAUUGACUCUGGUCUUGGUGACCGAAGUGGAGGCUACGCCAGUGAUGGUAGCAUUUCGAACGAUCCUUCCAUUUCAGAGAUGGAAAGUAGCUUGACAAUGCUAAGUGCAGAGGAGACUCCCAUUCAAAGGGAAAUCAGAAUUGCCCAACAACGGGAAGAGAGUCUACGCCGAUCAAGGGGUAUCUUGCACAAAGACAAUUCAGAGAUGGUGGAGAUCAGGAUAAAGCCAAUUCUGUCCCUGUCAUCUCCACAGGUGAAAGCUCCCAAAACCAAAGAAACAAACAGAGUUAGUUUCCUUAUUCAGAGAGAGCGUGAGCUUGAGAAAAUGCGACAGAUCACAAAUAGUGUUUCAAGCCAUAAUACCCAAGAGAACCAAGUACAGGACAAUAAGAAGUCAGUUGAGUCACAACCGGAUGAAAUUCCAGUCACAUCUUUGAGGGCGAGUCUAAGCGAAAGUCCCAAAACUGAUUUAGAGCAAAGCACAGUCUCUGCAGAUGACAUGUGGAUUACAGAGCAACCUGUACUAGUAGAGGAAGGUGACCUCUCUGACUCAAAAGAAAAUCUUUCGCCUUGCUGUCCUCAUCGACAUCCUGAUGAAUCUAUCCUUCAGAGAAACACUGACAGCAGCACUUUUAGAAACCAAGUAAGUGCAUAUCCUGAGGACAACAACCAUUCUAAAGUAAGGGUUCAUAAAGAGAAUGGUGUUGAGUGCCAAACCAAUAAUCUCAGAACAAAGAAAGGGCCAUCCUGGAUUGUGGAAAAUGACAACAGCAUGUCAGGAAAGAAUAGAUUUUACUCUCGAAAUACUCCGUCCCCACUGGAACCCGCAAAAACUAGUUGGUACACUCCUACCUGGCGAUCUCACCUUGAGUACACCGACUGGAGCCCCAAAAUUCAGAAUACCCCAAACAACAUCCGUCAGGAAAUCGAAGAAGACCUCAGACGAGAACAAGAGCUCCAAGAGCUGAGAGAGUCCAGUAGUCAGUCUUUCUCAGUACCCAACUCAGCAUCUGUGAAUCCAGUGCUAACUUCCUCUGAACCCAGGUCCCCACUAACCAGUGAGGAAACUGUGUUUUCACCACAAACUCCACAUGGGAACAUGGCAGAAGUGGAUUCUGUAUUUCCAGAAAGGAAGACUGAUUAUAGUAAUCCUUAUUCCUGGAGUCUGGACACUUUUCGAUUAUCCAUUACAGAUAAAAGUCCACAGUUGUCCUCACCGCGACCCAGUUUCAGACUUCCCUCUAUGUCAAUUAUGACACCCCAGCCAUGGGGCAGCCCAAAACCCAUAUCCCCAACUGUUUCCCGGGCAACCCCCGUCAAGCCCUUGAGCCCACUUGCUGACCUGUCAUCGCCUUCUUCCCAGAAAGGACUGACUGAGACACUGCUAAAGGACUUUGAGGACAGACGGAUCAAACUGAAGCUGGAAGAAAGUGCAUAUGCUGGGAUCCAACCUAUUGAUGCCAUAAACAAUGAGGUUGUAGAGGCCACCCGUGUAACAAGACAUAAAAACCAACGAGCCCUGCAGUGGGAGGCGGGCAUGUAUGCCAACCAGGAGAGCUAAUGAAUCAGCACAAACAUAACAGGAUGCACAUGAGAAAUCAUCUUCAGAAGAGAAUGACUGGUUUUAAUUCCACAAUGCACUUACAGGCACACUACUCGCACCACCUCUCCAUAUAAAGUCAGUGAACAUAAAACAUGGACAUUGCUUCCAUUUCAUUCACAGUUUAGCUGGAUGUUCUGAAUUGACUGGUGUGGUGGAAAUAGGUGUAGGUGGGGAGAGCAUCUUACUUGCUUGGGGUGAAUUGUAAGCUCUAGCACAUUGGAUUAUGAAAACUUUCUUUAUCUAUUUCUCCGCCCAGUACUAACAUUUAACUACUAUCCUUAAUACUUAGAAAAUAUAUACACGGUCAUCUGAAAAUAAAACAUAAAACUGUAUUCCAGAUGAUUAAUCUCACUAACCUUAAAAUCCUCAGUGCUUCAAUGGAUAGACCAGCUUUCCUUUAAUAUAAGGAAUAAAAGCAUACAAACAAAGAAAGUAGAAUCACAGAGUUCCUACACAGAGAGGAGGGGCCAUGAGAUCCGGACCUGGACAUGAACUCAUUAACACAUAAGCCUGUUGAUGUGGUCUUUAUUUUGAAAUAAUGUUGAAUAUUGCUUUUCACUGAAAAAAAAAAAAUAUAUAAAAUAGAUAAACUAUAAAUAAUCAGUUGAAGAUUAUUUUUGUAUGGAAUAUUGAAGAUUAAGAAAGUUGCAAUUUUCUUAAAUGUACAAUUUAAUAAUUGUUGUAACAAUUACUGUGUUGUAAUAAUAGUCUAGUAUGUCAAAUUUAAUAUCAAAAGAUGAUAUUGAUGUAUUCUGUAUUCUGUGUUGUUAACACAUAAUAAUAUUCUAAUAUACAAAAUAUAUAAUAAAAGGCUUGAUUUUAGUAGACAUGUUUCAUUUAAAUAUUACAGUUUUUCGAUAUAAGAUUUUAAGGUUUAGCCCUAGACAGUGACUCCCAACCACAGGUACUGCACAAGAAAAAAAAAAAAAGAAGAAGGCAGAUUAGGUUUAUGAUUUUAUGAUUUUGUAAGAAAAUAAAAUACUAGAAAAGGAAAGAAAAGAAAAGAGAGUUUUAUCAAUUCAAAUUCAUACAUUUUAUAAAAAGUCAGUUUUACACCAACAGUAUUUAUUUCUUUUUUUUUUAAUAUAAAUUAGAUUAAAUAAUAUUGCUGACUUUAUAAGUACGAACUGCUACAUAGUAUAGUAUGAGUGAAAAUGAUCACUGAUUUUUGGUUAGGUGUAUUUGAAAGUGUAUUUGAGCCUAUAGAUACACAAGACAAAAAUGGUUGGGAAACACUAGUCUAGUACCUGUUGAAAAAAAAAUGUUAGUUUUCAUUUUACAUUCAACAUGUACCUUCAUAAGCAUGCAAAGAAUAAGUGCAAUAUAAGUGUCUUGUCGUGUUUGAUAACUACCUGUAGCCUAUGUUAGAGUUCCACCAAUAUUCUCAUCCCACUAAUUAAGAACUGUCAAAACUGGCAUUGUUGCUGAACAGUCUUUCCUCACAUGGUUUCAGGCUCCAAUCCGACUAAUGAAUACAUCUAUGCCAUAUUUCAGAUAAAUUAAUUUAUUAAAGCUAAAUACAUGACGGUG